AUGGCUUCCAAACUGCAAAUACACAAGCCAUAUGUGCUACAUGCCCUUCCGCGUCCUCUGGACCGUCCCGAAGGCCCGGGCCGAUAUCACGCGAGUGAAGUUUUUGGCCAGAAGCAAGGCUCCAAACGACGGAAAAGACCCGAGACCGCGGUAGCAAUUGACGGUGUCGGGAUGUACCUUUAUGAUACACUCUCAUCCCAAGCUGUGACUUCGUACCUUGUCUCGCCGCGAUCCGUCUUCACCUGCCCGCCAUACUCGCUACGAUGGCGGCUGUCGUCGCAAAAAACAGCCAUGCGCUAUACUUACAUCUCAAUCUUGACACAGGACUCUACUUCAUCAAACCACGAGAUCAAGCUGUUCAAGGAGGAACUCUCUGGGUCAGCUAGCACAACAUCCGCUCCUGUUUCCCGUACCAUCCGCUGCGAUUCGACCAUCGUCUACAUCUUCGCAACCUCGCCCCGGAACUCUCAUACUACUUUGCCGAAGGACAAUUCCCCGAAUCACGCCUUGGUUGCUGUGGCCGCUGAUGGCACAAUUUUGUGCUUGGAUGGAGAAAGUCUUGAAGAACGGUGGCGGAUGGCGCCAUCUUUCCUCUCGAAGGACCUUUUACUGGAUUCGAAAUCGGGUCUCCGCGUCGAUUUCGCCCAAUCCACAUCUGCUGCGGAUGUAGUCGACGGGAUGUUUGGCGGCAAGGACGAGCUCUUCGGUGUGUUCCAGGAGAAGGUACACCGGGAAGGCUUCAACCCAGAUUUCCUCAUUGUGAUUAGCUCCCACGAUCAGCCUCGAACAAACUGCCCGAGGCACUUGCAUAUCCUUGCCUUGCCGUCAGAGAGUGAAGCCCGGAGGGCGAAUAAGGAGGAUAUCAUUCCCAUCUUUGCUGCUCCUCUCCCCACCGAAGCGAAUGGGAGCAGGCUUCAACUGGACAUCAGAUCUGGCACGCUGCAAAUGCUGUCUGACGGCCUGCUUGCCACCUAUGUCUUCACGAACGGCAUUCCUCGACUUGAGAAUAAGUUGCAGGUUCCCGCACUAGCGUCUUUCAUUCGGCUGUCGAAGACUUCAGUUCUCACAUCAGCUACCGAUUCCUUCUCAGUCUACAAUCCAAUCUACCGCUCACUUCAGGCCACCACCUCGAUUAACUCUGAGGCAGAUAGCGGAGACCUUGGCGCAUGCGAAUUUGUCACCUACUUCGCCGGCCGAGAUAUCGCCAUCGGAUUACGAGGAGCAAAUCUCGUUGCUGUCCAAAUCGAAGCACCAAAGAACCGGAUAAGCAAGCGUCGUGCAGAAGGCUUGUUGACGGACGCGAUUCGGCGCGGCAUUUCUCGCGAGAAAUCCUGCCAAAAGCGGACCAAGGGAGAGUUUGCUGUCUCGGCCGUACUCGCAGAAACCCUUCCUGGGUCCUUGGCCGAUUCCGACUCACCGGAAUGGGAGGCGGAAGUCGCACAAGCAGACGAAGUCCUUGACCGCGAUGACCUCCGUGCUUGGGAGGAAUUUCUGGCCAAAAUCUUCAAAUUGGAAACCAGGCCAAGUCCAGCCGAUGCGGAGAAAGCGGCUCUCGUAAACGGAGACACCGUGGCCGCCAAUCUACCGGAGUGGAAAUGGCCGUCCUCCGCAGCCCACUAUGCUCGCGUCGACCGACGGUGGGUGUUUUAUGCCAUCAGCCGAGUUUUCACUUGGGAAGAUCGAGAAAACGGGCCGACGGCCGCACCGCUUGCGUGCCGACUUGCUGAGAGCAAUGUCCUCAAUUAUCUCGUUGAUGCCGGACAUUUGUCUACAUCAAAUCUCAAGUCUGCUUUCAGAGAUGAGGUCCGGGAAUUAGACGACGCCGAUAAUAUCAUCGGGGAGGCUGUUCCUCUUCUUUUGGCUGAAGUCGACCCGACGAUGGAGCUACUUCUUGGUUACCUUUCGAGUACUCAAUUGGGCCCGACAGAGUUAGUCUCUGCUAUCAAGGUCCUCCUCCGCAGCCUGGACCUAUUCGAAGACUCGUCGAAAAUCCAAAAUUUGCGGCUUCGAGACACCGUCGAACCAAGCCAAGAUCAGGACAACGCGGUGAAUAUGGAGCUUGAUCGGGCAGAGGAGGAACUACAGAUUACGGAACACUAUCUUGAUGGCCACCGCGCCCGCGGCUUGGGUGUCGCCUUCAGCAAGCUGGCAGUUUGCCCAGCGCUAUCAACGGUCCAGAGCCUACGGCGUCUGUUCAAGCCCGAGGAAACGAUUGGGUUGAUGAAUGUUCUGCGGGCCGAGCUCAUCAAAGACGGCUGGACGACACGCUAUCUGGAUCGGACGGGGAUCGACCAAGACGAGAUUGAAGCGCCGCCGGACGGGAGCAUCCAACUCAUUGCUGACUUGAUGUCUAGAUGCAUUGACUCGGUUGGCUUGGGAGGCUGGAUGGCGUCGGAUACCAUGCUUGCAAAUGCAGGCUCUCAGGAAGACUCUGCAGAUUUUUUCAGCCAAUUCCAAGCCGAGAUCAGCGUGGCGUUGGAAGGCAUCAUGGAAGCGGUGCGACUUCAGGGGACGCUGGCCGAAGCUGUCAAUUACGCAAGGAAGGCUAGGAAAGCACUCGCAGACUCGGCAAAGGGCAAGGCAACGUCGGUGCAACUGACUAAGGAACUUCCAUUGGGGCUCAAGACAGACGCCAAAAUCUCGCUGGAAAGGGUCAGGUCAGGAGGCGAAGUGGUUCCUCGGAGCAGCAGACAGAUUGGCCACUUUGUCAGCAAGAAGCGAGGCAUCUACUCUGUGCACAGAAUAUCAGAGGAGACUUUGCUGGGUGGCACUGGUGCCACGGUUGUUCAGGAGGCUCGGUGA